GCAGAAUGCAACUCGCAUUGGCCUGAUGAUGAAUUAACAGAGCGCAUCCCAUGCAUGAUUUGCCUGCCAAAACCAAUGCCACUGCAGCUCGAUCGCCCACAGAUUCAUCGUCCCGAUUACAAUUAGACAGCCUUCCCUCUUCUUGUCAGUUUCUGCACAGCAGCUGUUCGAGUUCGUAAUUUCUCUAGCUCCCCUUCAAUUAAUUUCCCCCCUCUAUAAAUACUCCAUUCCUCACCCAAGGAAUGCAUCAGUAGCCAUGGGCACCGGUGGCUCGGCAUCGGGGUCGGCCUCGGCGGCGGGUCUCUUCCUAGCCCUCAACCUCCUCCUCUUCUUCACCUUGGCCGGCUCCUGCGGCACUUGCCCGCCGAAGACGAGUCCGAAGCCUUCGUUGGGAGGGAAGUGCCCCAUAGACGCCCUCAAGAUGGCGGCCUGCGCCAGCGUGCUCAACGGGCUCAUCACCUUCGGCAUCGGCGCGUUCCCGCAGCAGCCCUGCGACUGCUGCACGCUCAUCGUGGGCCUGCUCGACCUCGAGGCCGCCGUCUGCCUCUGCACGGCUUUCAGGGCCAACAUCCUCGGCGUCAACCUUAACGUCCCCAUCAACCUCACCCUCCUCCUCAACUACUGCGGCAAGAAGGUCCCCUACGAGUUCCAGUGCCCUUGAUCACCGACCGUACGUGCGCCUCCACUCGUGUGAUCGAUCCGCCAUGUCCUUUUCCAUCGAGCUAUGUUCUAUUUGGUUUUCUGCUGGAUGAUUUACUAGUGUGCUAUGAUUUCCCUGUAUCUUCGACUAGCUAGUCUGGAGUGCCAUCGUGUUUUUUCUUGAUUUUUUUUUUAUGUUUUACAAUAAGGAAUAAAUUAAAAAAAAUAAUUAAUCAGGUUGGAUAA